GAGACCUCGAUAAGUACCCUUCCUGGUCUCCUAUUUCUCUUUCUUUUACUCCCAUUUCCUUCCAGGUUCGCGGUCCCCCUCGCACGCACGAAUAACUGAAUCCUGCGGGACGGGAUAGACCAGAAGCAUGAGGACAGUCUGGCUAUUUCAGAUGUUUCCUUUUUUGCUGGGUCCCAAUAUCAGACAGGAGCUACUUGAAGCCUGGAGAACAGAGAUGAUGGCCUUCAUUGCAGCUCUGGGGCUCCUGAUGGCGGGAAUCUGUCCUGCUAUCACCUACUGGGCAACUGCAGAUGGGCAACUGGGAAGGCACACUGAAGUCCAGAAAGACAGAGACCAUGAAAUACAACUGGACAGUGUCACACUGGCUUCCAUCAACACUGACUUUGCCUUCAGCCUCUACAAGAAGCUUGCUUUGAAGAAUCCACAUAAAAAUAUUGUCUUCUCCCCACUUAGCAUCUCAGCUGCCUUGGCCCUCAUGUCCCUGGGAGCAAAGGACAACACCCUGGAAGAGAUUCUAGAAGGUCUCAAGUUCAAUCUCACAGAGACCCCAGAAGCAGACAUCCACCAGAACUUUGGGCACCUCCUACAAAUGCUCAUUCAGCCAGAGAACCAGGUUCAGAUCAAUGCUGGCAACGCCCUGUUUAUUGAUAAGCACCUGCAGAUCUUGACAGAGUUCAAGGAGAAGGCAAGGGCUCUGUACAAGGCUGAGGCCUUCACAGCAGACUUCCAGUUGCCUCGUGAGGCCACAAAGCUCAUCAAUGACUAUGUGAGGAAACAGACCCAGGGGAAGAUCAAGGAACUGGUCUCAGACCUGCAUAGGAACACAUCCAUGGCACUAGUGAAUUUCCUCAACUUUCAAGGCUUUUGGAACGUGACUUUUGACCCUGAAGACACGUUCCUGGGAAAUUUCACAUUGGAUAGGAAGAGGACCGUGAAUGUGCCCAUGAUGAAAACCGAGGAGCUAACCACAAACUACUUCCGGGACGAGGAGAUGCAAAGUACUGUGAUGGAGCUGAAUUACAUAGGCAAUGCCAGCUUCCUGUUUAUCCUCCCUGACCAGGGCAGGAUACAGCACGUGGAAGAUAGCUUGCAACCCCAGUCUCUGAGGAAAUGGAGGAAAUCUUUGAGGCCCAGGAUGCUAGAUGAACUCUCCCUGCCCAAGUUCUCCUUAUCACAAGACUACAACCUAAAUGACAUCCUUCCAGAGCUGGGUAUCAAGGAAGUCUUCUCCACACAGGCUGACCUGUCUGGGAUCACUGGAGCCAAAAAUAUAAGAGUCUCUCAGAUGAUCCACCAGGCUGCGCUGGAUGUUACCGAGACACACACAGAAGCAGAUGUCAUCACAAUAGCCCGAUAUAACUUCCAAUCUGCAAAAAUUAAGGCUAAAAUUGUUAAGGUGGACAGGGAAUUCUUGUACCUUAUUUUAGACCCAAUGUUUAAGAGUAUUAGCGUUAUGGGUAAGGUUAUCAACCCUUUAACAAACUAGAUCUUCUCAAGUGGUGGGGCUUCUUUCCAAGUUUGAUUUGCUUUUUGGCUUCUAUCCUCUGAUUGGCUAGGAUAUGCUUGUAAUUGUUCACUGAAGUUGAUUAACUUUAGUGGUCACACAUACACAAGGGACUGUGGAUGGUCUGUGUCAGGCAUCAGUCCUGUUGGCAUCACUAGCACAUAUUCCUGGGCCUGAAAUCUGUCUCUCUUCCACUUCCCAGAUGAACUUCUCCAUCUGCAUCACCCAAAAUGAAUAGGUAGGAGCAAACAGUAGAUAAACCUAUACCUGCACAGAAAGUGUCCAGGCAGUGUUCACUCAGCUCCUGUUGGCAGGAGGUGGCCUCUAGUGACAAGAGGGACAUUAAACAAUGCCAAUUGC